UGGAGCGCCGCUGAGGGAAGCAGCCGCCAAGCGAGGAGGCCCGAAAUGCUGAGGGAAGGGGCGGGCCCUGUUUGAAUAUUAAAGAGGAGGCGGGGCGUGUGUGCAGGAUUCUGGCAUCUGCUGGAAAAGAUGGGCGGUGGGGAGAGCAGCUUGUACCAGAAGCACCUCUCAAGGUUUCUCCCGGAUGAACUCGCCGACAUCGAGGGAGUGUUUGACGCUUUAUCUGGGUCGGAGGAGUCCGUCGAAGCAAAGAGUGGGAAAACCGCAAAGAGGACUGUGACUCUGGCAAUGUUGAAGGCGUACGUCAAGGAAGCGCUGCCCGAAUCAAUGCUAGUUAGGCUCUAUGAUGGUAUGAAAAGUGUCAAAGCGUUGGAGAAGACCUCUGGUCCCAAAGACCAGGUGGGAAAAGAACAGUUUGUGGUUUUCAUGGCGGCGCUCACCAAAGGCUACGCUGAGGAAAAGAGCGACCUCGUCAUGAAGAUGGUAUCGAAGGCAGACGGGACUGUGAAGGGAAGUCAGAUCCGAGAGUUUGCAGAAGAUCUGAUUGGCUCUCUGGUUCACGUCCUGAAGUACAGGAAUGCGCUGAAGGGCUGGAAUGUGAAGAACACCCAAGAUCCGACUGCUGGCAUCAGGGCUUUGGCCUCUCAGUUAAUGUCUGAACUGAAACUCACAGAUGGGGAAAAGAUGGGGGGAGCUCAGAUCCCAGAUGCCGUCUGUGAUAAAAGCAGCCUUGAAGACUGGAUGUUUCGAGUUCCCCACGUCUCCGCGUUCCUCAACGUGAUUGUCCGGCAGGGGCUGCUGGUCUUGCAGUCUCUCCCAGAUCGAGCUGACGACGCCCUCCACCUGCUUCCCAGAUGCAAAGGUGUCCGAGGCAACGACUUUGCCAGUCUGCUGGACAUCCCAUCCAUCAUCUACCUCAAUUCCCACCUGCCUUCGGAGGUCCAGCACCAGUGGCGGCUGCUCUUUGCCUCUCGGCUCCACGGAGAGAGCUUCACGCAGCUGUUUGGACAUAUCGUGAACAAGGGCCCCUGCCUGCUCAUCUUGAAAGACUCAGACGGCUACAUCUUCGGUGGCUUUUCUUCAUGUUCCUGGGAAGCCAAGCCACAGUUUCAAGGUGACAGCAGGUGCUUUCUCUUUUCUGUGUCUCCCUCGCUCGCCGUGUUCACUUGCACUGGCUACAACGACCACUUCAUGUACCUGAAUCAUGGGCAGCAGACGAUGCCAAAUGGGCUUGGCAUGGGUGGCCAGCAUGACUACUUCGGGCUUUGGAUAGACAGCGACUACGGGAAAGGGCACAGCAGAGCCAAGCCCAGGUGCACCACGUACAACAGCCCGCAGCUCUCAGCUCAGGAGAACUUCUCUCUGGACGCCUUGGAGGUCUGGGCAGUGGGAGAUCCCCCGGAAAGCGACACCGCCGAAAAAGGAAAGAAGAGCAUUCUAGAUGCAGACCCCGAGGCCCAGGCCUUGCUUGAGAUGAUCGGGAAGAGCCGCCAAAGCGAAGGAUUGCGACAGCCGGUGGAGGAGGAGGAAGAUAACUGAUGGGGAAGCUCGUCCGUGACAUCGAGCAAGGAGUUUGGGAGCUAGCAAGCUCAGCUUUCUGUUUGGCACAUUUCUAAACUACACAAUUCUAGUGUUGUGGGUGCCGCGAAUAGGACGUGGCCUGGCUGGAGGACUGAUUUUUGUGCACGUUGUGAUGGAAUGUUGUUGCUGGCAGGUAGGGGGUGCAUGACUGAGGCAGCCAGCCCGGUUCUUGGCCGUAAAGGAUAAAGGUGGUUAUGAAAUGAUUUCCCCGCCCCCCAUUUUGCUUGCUUAUUCACUCACCUUGUUUUUGAGUGACCUGAAGUCUUUUUAAAAAGCAGUUUUUAUGAUAAAUAGAUUGGAGGGGGGGGGCAUUUGUUUUCAUAACCCAGAAGGAUAUCUGCUACCUGCCCUUCAUGAGAACUGAAGUAGAGUUUGUUGAACUUUAUAGGGAUGAUUCAACUUGCGGUUGUUGACAUUCAGUAAUUUGAGUGUGAAUGAUCAAUAGUUGGAACUUUUAUAUUUGGGGGUUUGGUAUUUCCUUCCUUCUCUUUCUUGCUGUCCUUCCUUCCUUUCCCUUUCCCUUUCUUGCUUUCUUCCCCUAACUCCCUCCCUCCCUCCUUUUCUGUGUACAAAAAAAAGUAUGGAGUAGGGAAAGAGGAGACAGAAUCCCCCCUGUUCCUCCUGUGUUACCAGAACUCAGUAGGUUGGCAGGCAAUAGACCGAGGACAGACAAAAGGCAGUACUGCUUCACUCGGAGGGUAAUUAGCAUGUGGAAUUCAUUGCCACAAGAUGUAGUGACGGCCAGUAGUUCAGUUAGCUUCUAGAGGGAGUUAGACAAAUUCAUGGAGGCCCAUCAGUGGGUCCUAUUAGCUGUGAUGACUAACUGUAGACUCCGUGUUCAGAGGCAGAAGCUUCUGAAUUGCCUGUGCUAAGACCAGUAAGAGGGGGAAGGCUUUGGCACCUGUUCGCUGCUUGUGCUCCUUCCCAGGGCAUCUGAAUGGCCACUGCGGGGCCACUCUUACGAUCCAGGAGGUACUGAGUUCAGAUUUUGCAUUCAGGAACUCACUGGGUGCCCUUAAGCAAGCCAUACACUCUCAGCCCCCUCCCCUUCUGCAGUAAUAUUGUCCUACCUUACAGGGCUGAUGUAAAGAUUGCAACACAAUAAUGGUGCAAAGCAUUUUUUAAUUAAGGCCCUCUGCAGGUGCUAAGAAUUAUUAUUGAAUUGGGCCACAAAAUAGCAAAUGAACAAUUUUUGCUCCCUUCUUGAAGUAUAGAAACUAGGUUUAUAAAAAAAACAAACCCACACACAGCAGUAUCGUUCCUUUUUGGCCUCAGAGCCCACCCAGCUGGAGGAAGAGAACAUACGGAACGGACAAGCCCUCUCUUGCAGGAAAUGGUAGGCCAGGAAAGCAAAAGGCUCGCUGGAGGCUUUGGUUUGGUUGCAUGGUCAUAAUUUCUGAACUUGAAUGGCAGUUGAAUCCCGAAGUUGAACUCUGGCCUUCAAAGGCUAGCCCAUGCCGCUGCCCUGGUGAUGCCACCUUUGGGGGGACUGUUUCUCCAAGCUUCCUUGCAAUAAACGGAGCCAACACCGAAUUCUCCCAGAAAUGUGCUGAUCCUCCUCAUGAGUCCCUUCCAUGUUGUCUUGCAAAAGCCACGUGCUUGUUCAAAAAGCCGGAUUCCAAUGCAUGCUUAUAGGAAGUCGGCCUCGUGGAAUUCAAAGGGUAGGUGUGCGCUUACUUUCAGGUAACCGUGCCUGGAAUUGUGAGAAGGAAUCCAGGCACACUCAGGGUGGGUGGUCGUUGUGUUUGUAGCUGAUUGUUUAGCAUAGAAUUUAUGGGAUCCUAAUCCAAAACAGCAAAAGAAAAAAAUCUAAGAAUCAGAGCUCGGUAUUUAAAGUAGCUAAUUUUUAUCCUGUAAUCUCUCUUUUUUUACCAUGAAGUCAAAAAUGAGUUAUAGCUACUCAUCAUGGGCUUUUCAAAGCAAGAGAUGAACAGAGGUAGUUUGCCGUUGGAUGCUUCUGUGUAGCAACCCUGGACUUCCAUGGUGGUCUCCCAUUCAAGUAUUAACCAGGGCUGACCCUACUUAGCCUCCCGAGAUCUAAAACAAUGGGGCUAGCUUGCACUAUCUAGGUCAGGGCAUGAUGUAUUUAGUCAAUAUCUACUCUGGCUAGCAUCCAACCUCUACUUUGAGGGGUGGGGGGAACAUUAUUUUCUAGGCUUAUUGCUUAUGAUCUUUCUCCAUAUGACAGGAACCAGAGAGGGCAUGUAAAAGAACUGUGUUCCAUCACUAAAUCCGUAUUCCUCCCCUCUGUGGAACAUGCCUCUUGAAACUGGUUUCCCCUCCUCUUCAAACAGCCUUGCUAAAAUCAACUUUGUGCAUUAAACGUAUUGAUCUUGUUGAGCCUAUGGGCACUUCUGGAAUUUUUCGGCAUAGACACCACCACAAAAUUGCUGCCAUAGAAGAUGAGGGCUAAUCACAGAAAGGUUGCCAUGUAUGGGGGAAGGACAGUCCCAAAGUGUUGGGACCUUCUAAGCCAAGCAUCUUCCCAUUACAGACACAACCUCUUCUAUAUGGCUGUUCUCUGUAGGCCCAAAAAGCUUUCCAGAGAUCUUCUGAAGUAUCUAGGACUGGCAAUUCACUUUGGAAAGAGAUGUUUUGGAGAAGAGGCAAGAGAGUGCAGUUCAAGAUCACUGAAACAGAGAGAGGGAAGAUCAAAGGAGGGCUCAGCCAGAGGAAGAUUUCCAUCUGUUUUUUAAAUGUGAAAGGAAGUGGAUGGCAUGAUAAGAGCUACCUGUCCGAGCCAAGUCUUGCCCACUUGUGGCCAUGAACGGGGGUGGGGGGUGGGGACUGUGCCCUCAGAGCGAGUCAGAUUCCUUUAGACCCACGUAAAGAACAAAGGAGGAAGAUCAAAGAACUGCUGUUUCUUAAGAGUUUUACUGCCAGCUUCCCUAAGUGUAGGAAGCUGAGUGUAAACGUGGGCAGGGUGACAGAUGUGUCUUUUGAUCUCCUUCCAAUCAACUCCGGCGGCAUCACAGUAGCGUUUCUGUCUUUUAUCGAUUGAACUUUAUUUCUAGGGAGUCAACGGUGAACUCUCUUUGAAUAAGCGCAGCAUCCACGUGCCUUUAUGAUUUUUUGUAAGUACUAUACUAGAUGCAUUUUACCAAGGGCAAAAUCAUGAUUGCAUAGACAGCCCUACUUGCCAUAGACCUUUGGACCAGAUACAUACAGGUUGUGUUCCCUGUGUGAAUAAUAUUUCAAGCUUAUCUGUCUUGAAACGUCUGUGGUGUAGUGGUUCGAGUGCCAGACUAGAGCAGGCAAGAUGCAAGUUCAAGUCUCCACUUAACCAUGACACUCACCCGGUGAACUUAGGCCAGUCGCUUGCACUCUCAGCCUAACCUACCUCACAGGGUUGGAGGAUAAAAUGAGGGGGGGGGGAGAACUGUGUUCACCACCAUGAGAUGGUAAGAGAAAGGGGGGAAUAAAAAUGUGUGUGACAGACAUAGAAACUUUUAGUCAUGGAGGGGGAUAGUUGAUAAUAACAACAAUAAUAAUAUACUCCCCAUCUGGACAGAUUCGCGCCCACUCAGAGUAGUAAACAAGAUCAGUGUUGUUAUUUAUCCCCACAAUACAGCUGGGGAGCUGGACUGAGAGGAGGGGCUUACCUGGGGCCACCUGCUGAGCUCAUGGCAGUCGUGGGAGUCAAAUCAGCAGAGUGCUGAUGCACAGCCCAGCCACUUAACCACUCUGCUAUAGCAGCACUAUGCUACUGUUGAAAAAUGUGGAGAGCUGAGGCUCAGGAUGGAAAUCCUGUUA